AUGUUCGCUGAGUACAAGCUUGAUUUUUAUAAAUUAAGUAAAAAUGAUAAACUCAUAAUUUUGAAAUCUGUAGAUGAACAUGUAACAAUCGAAAAUGUUUUUACAACAUUUGACAUUGAUACACUUGAACCUGAGUUUUGGGAUUAUGAUUCUGAAGAUUUGAAGUAUAUUUCGGGAAAACAGAAUUUGGUAAUAAAGAAAAAUGGUGAAGAUAUUAGUAGUGAUGUUGAAUUAGUAAAUGUUGCUGAUAUAGAAGAAGGAUGGGGUGAUGAUUAUGAUAGCGGAUGGGAGGCUGAGAUUAUUUUAGAAAAUGAAGAAGAAAUUCAAUAG